AUGUCUCAAUGGUUUCCACUGGAAUGCCACUCCCUGGAUCCAGCCUGUUACCAUCGAGACGCUUCCGUCCACAUCUACAACCGGAUACGUUCACAGGUGCGUCCCGACAUUAAGUUCGGAGGACCUUUGCCCCAGCUAUACGAAUUCGGUGCGGAUGGAAGAUAUGGCAAUCCAAUCCCACGCGAGGUCCGGCUGUUACUGGUGUUCCCUUAUCUUGAGGACGAGUUCUUUGAAGAAGCGAGAUUGCGUAAAUGGAUGGAUCAAGUGGUGAUCCCUGCGAUUUCGCAAUCCAUACGGGGAUCAACAUACCAAUACUUCCGUCACAGCAGCGUCGAAAUGAUCCGUUUGAACAGUCAGGCCGCUCGUGUGGAAGGUAUGAGAGACGUGCCUGAUACGGAGCUUGACUUUCGCCUCCAACCGGAAGAACUGGAGUCCGCGUGGAAGGAAAUUCAAUGCAAAAGUGAGACGCCAGGAUUUGAAGAGUUCCGCGGAGUUCGUCCAGUAAUCUGGGCAAACUACUAUCCGCUGAAUAUUUAUGGAAACUCACCAGAAGCGGCUUUUCAGCAGUUCCUUAAGAGUUGGAAUUCAAUAAUGAGAAUGCAGCAUAUUCCUCGAGACUCAUUCUACAUCGAAUUUGAUACGGACGGACGUCUACACCCGGAAGUUGCUCCUUCAGACAACCCAAGCAUGCCACAGCCUUUCUCCGAGCAGGUCUUAGGGAAGAGGAAAUCAGAAGAUGUGUGA